AUGGCUGGUUUAUUUACCGUGUAUGUCGAUAAUCUCCCCAAAUCAAUGGAUGUUGGGUGGCUUCGCCAACUAUUCACUCCAUUUGGGCGUGUGGAGGAUAUCUUUAUGCCGAGUAAGAGGAGCUCUUCUUUCAACACUAAAUUUGGUUUCGUUAGAUUUAAGAGAAGGGAGGAGGCCAUUAAUGCGAUUGAGGAUCUUGAUGGAGUUGUGAUAAGAAAUUUUGCUAUUGUCGUGCAAUUUGCAAAGUAUUCGAAAGAUAAACCUAUUGCCUCUCAGAAGUAUUUUGAUGGGGUUAAGAAAUUUAUUUCGGCCCCUUCUCAUCAUAGGUUGCAUCCUAAACCCAUUGAGUUUCAGAGCAUUCAAAGAGUUUCUAAUAGUUCUUCCUAUGCUAAUAUUCUUAAAGAGGGCUCUAGUGGUAGGCUGAAAUUGGUGGAAGCUAAGGAAGUGGGAUUGGGUUGGUUGCAAAAGAGCGCAGUGGAUAAAUUGAUUAAUUUUUGUUAUGUGAAUACGCUUCAAGAUCGAUCUUUUCAUUAG